AUGAAUUAUACUCCACAGAUUUUACUGAUGAUCUUGUUGAUUGUAUAUAAAUUAGAUUACAGUACGUCUUUGAGUUGCUACACUUGCGAAACUUGUCCAGACCCAUUUAACUCUUCAUAUCCACAAGUAAACAACCAAAGUGGAUGUGCAUGGUGUGCCAAGAUUACGCUUAAAAAGCGUCGUUCUCCAAUAAGACAAUGUGCAGACAGAUGUGACUAUUUAUAUUUUUGGAAAUCAUACUCCAAGUUCUCUUAUUAUUGUUGUAAUACUGACUAUUGUAAUAAAAGUAUACAGAGUUAUGCAACUCAUCAAAUACUAAUUAUGAUUGUUAUAACACUUGUUUGUUUCUAUAUUAAUAAAAAAUAAACGAAAAGAAAACACAAAACAACGAACCUUACAAUUUGCCUAAAUCAAAUUCAUUCAUAACUUUAUCUUUACUUUAUAUAUUUAUUUAUAUUUGUGUGUAAAAAUGCUAUUUCAUUAUUUGUAGCUUAGAAAUCAUAUUUUAGUGUAUUGAAUCCUCUUUUGUAUUGAUGAUAAUACUUUAGAAACAAAAAAGAAACAUUUCACUGCUUAUCUUUGGAUUCUUUCAUCAAAUAACUUAGUAACUAGUUGGAGACACCAUACAGUACACACUGAAGAUAUAUGUGUUGAAUUAGCUGACAUAACUUAAUUACCAUAUCAAAGCUUAGUAAAAUUAGUCUUCACUGUUUAGAUCGAUUGUUCACUAGAAUUAUUAUGUAAAUACUGAACGAAUUCUAACAAUCAAGUUUUAAUAUAAUUUGAAAUCGUGUACACUAUAUUGUAUUGUUAGGUGGCUAGAAGUAGUUGUAAAUAGACUAAGAUUUUCUAACUUAUCGACAAUAGAUUAAUUUAAAAACGUUAAGCUUACUAAGCAACGAAUUGAUAACUAUAAAUCUACACACCUUUGCGCUUAAAAAGCGAAUAUGUUUAGAGUUGCUUUUAAAUAUUAACAUGAGCUGAUUAAAUAAUACCUUCAAU